GCCAUCGUUUCGUAGACGUUGUUGUCAGAAAGUGGUCAGGGCACGCAGGGCUGCAACAAGAUUCGGAGAGUGAAAAAAGUCCCUGAUUGGAAGGGAGGACAAUGACAUGAGACCGGGCUGAAUCUGUGGUGCUGUUGGUGGUUUCGGGCACCAGCGGUAUCAAGCCCAACAUUAGUACCUUUGGGGCUGAUCAGAUUGACCCCACAGAGGCCACAACUGCUCACGGUAAGGAGUCCUUCUUUAUGUAUUUGUACUUGACGGUGAACUUGGGAUGCGUCGUUGCCUUUGGCUUUCUGGCAAAUGUUGCUACUGGUGGACUGCCACCUUUGGUUUCACAAGAGGAUGGUUUCUUGUAAUGUAGCCCUGCUGGUGUACACGGCGAAGAACACUGUGCCAGUUGUGUGGCCAGCCGUUCAAUGCUUGCUGGGUGGUCGGCAUACAACCUGCGGGAAGGUGGCUCUCAUGGGUUGGGCAUUUUUGCCUACCCUCAUUAUCCUGUUUGUGCUGCAAGUGUUUUUCCCAUCACACGCCCUGACGGCGUUGAGUCUGCUAGUGGGCUUGCUAUGCAUUGGCUGCCUGCGCGCCUGUGCGUGUCACACCAAAACAACUCGUGGUUGGGCGAGCCACAUUCAGUCACCAGGUGUUUGGACAGAGUGCCAACGGUCAUUGUUGGAAAUGUGACCUUCAACGUGCUGUACAACACCAUGUUCAGUCUUUUCUAUUCUCAGGCCUGCCAGAUGGACCUUUGCUGGAGCGGCUGCUGGUUCCUGCCGCGGAGAAGCGCUUUGGCUGGCAGGUGACCAGCAACAUGCCGCAUGGAUGAUUAGAAAGUCUUGGGCAUCUCCUUUGCCAUCGCUUGACAGCCGCAGCUGGCCUGGAACACUUUCGCCUCAGGAUUGUGCAGGGCUGGGGGUCCUCCGAGAAGUUAAGUUUCCACCUUGUCGGCUCCACUGAACUUUGGUCACCGCGAGGAAAAUCUCCGAAGUUGUUCCUACGACGUACGAUCUUCAUGGACCUGACGUGCUUCAUUGCUCAUGAAUGGACAUGUCGUUUGAUCAAAAUACUUCUUAGAUUCAGGGAGCCUCUGAAGGAACUCCAAGCUGGACAUAGGUAGACCAGGUCUGCCCGUAACGAUGGUAAUGUCA